AUGCGCUGCCCCCUUUCCCUCUCUGGACUCUUGGUCCUGAUUUCCUUCUCGCCUAGCAGUCUUGUCCAUGCUUCGUCGCCCGAGAUGGUAAUACCUCUCCUCGGAUCUAACCCUUGCACUUGGGGACCGUCAUUCUGGUGCGCGAGCGAAGAGAAUAUGAAAAGAUGCGGUGUUACCCAGGAAGAGUGCGAGAAAUAUGCCAACGAUGUAUAUUAG